CAGCCAAUUGCCUAUUGGACAUGAGAUUUGAUCUAGUCCACACCCCUCGCCGAUGAUAGGGCUACAACAUCAACCCAAUAGCUCGUUUCCACGGCCAAAAGUUGCCGCGUUCGCGCUCAGUGCCCCUCCAACACUAUGAUACCUCGAUAACGUGAAGUCUUUCACCAAUCAUGCCCUCCCCGUCUUCCCGGCUUCACACCUGCGAGUGGUGUCGCAGACUCCUCGUCAUCCGGGCCGAAGCCGAUAUCCCGCAUCGGGAUCGGAGCGACAGAUACGACGCAAGGUGGAACAAGAUCGUAUUCGAGACCAACCUCACAGAUCUCCUCUCAAUCCAGCAGAAAACAUGCGCCUUCAUAGACUGGAUUCUCGACGGAGAGUGCAUCGCACGGCCAGACGUAGGCGAAUGCGUCGACAACAUAACCGGCGAGGUCUAUCAGAUGGACCUAGAGGAGCUCGAGCAGUUCCACGGCCAGAUUGAUAAGGACCCGGACUACAGGCUUUCUUCCAUGCGCCACGCCGUUCAGAGCCGUAGUGACGGGUACGUCGACUACGUCCUCGUGGCUGAGACGAAUCCCCCGUUCCGCAUGGGUGGCGAGCACACGCCGGAUGUCCUGAGUAUAGAAUACUUUGGUCUCUGGGACCCGCGCACGAAGCUGGUUUCGUAUAGGACGGUUAAAGAGCUACAAAUAUUUACGAGGCAAGAUAAUGCGGCAGCCAGGGAUUUCUGGACGCGUCCGAUACAGAAUGAUCCCGCGUAUUGUCUGCCCAUGGUUAAGUCGUGGCUGGUCGAGUGCGAGAACAAGCAUGAAAAGUGUCGGGAGCUGAAGACGCAGUCUGGGCCGUCAAAUCUCAGGCCUGUUAGGCUGAUCUACAUUGAUCCAAGCUCUGUUGGAGUAGGCUUUUCGCUACGGUUGCAAAAUACAGCGAAUCUCAAUCCUUUGCCGAGAUUUGCGGCGUUGAGCUAUUGCUGGGGUGGCAAUCAGACGGUAAAAUGCGAGACGUCUACGCUAGAGGCAUUCACAAAGAACAUUCCUUUUGAGAAACUGCCUCGGACUAUACGAGACGCCGUUGAGGUUUGCGCACAGCUCGGAGUCGAGUAUAUUUGGGUCGAUGCUCUCUGCAUCAUCCAAAAUGAAGGCAACGACGAGAAGAUUUUGGAGAUUGCCAAGAUGCCUUACAUUUACGGUCAAGCGUCGUUCACCAUUAUGGCAUCCCGAGCCAAGACUGCGUGGGAAGGGUUUCUCCAGGACAGGGGGUCAGACAUCGAGUCUGGCCAGGCGUUCCUUCUCUCAUGGCAGUCAGAAAAGGGCGAAAUUGGAUCGAUUACCCUGGCUGAGUUGGAGACGGGCCACGAACCCAUCGACGAGCGAGGAUGGACUUUCCAAGAGCGGCUUUUGUCCCUCAGGGCCGUCGAGUUCGGGUCUCGGCAGACUCGAUGGAGCUGUCAGGAGCCGAUUCCAUCAGUGACUGGGAACGACAUGCUAUACGGCCUCGACGUCGGCGAGGGUGCCACCGACGGCUGGAGAAAAAUUGCAGAGCCCAAUGAUCUGAGGCAGGACUCGUUCAGCUGGGGUCUCUGCUCCAAGACGCCAUCGCCGUGGGGUGCUCUGGUGGACAUUUACACCAGCCGCAACCUAUCCUUUAAUACUGACCGUGCUCUGGCCAUGUCAGGGGUCGCGGAGCGCUUCGCGGUGUUGACUGGCGAUGAGUACGCUGCCGGUCUCUGGAAAAGGAGCAUCCGGGACGAGUUGCUCUGGAGAGUAGAACAGGAUGAGCGACGUAAUCGGCCUGUGCUCUCUCAGGGGCCUUCGUGGUCGUGGUUUGCUGUUGAUAGCAGUGUGAGAGCAUACGUGGCUUUGGGUGAUGGUUGGGAAAUCCCUACGUUUGAGGGCGAUGUGACAGAUGCGACGGAGGUCUUCCAUGCUGAAGUCUUGUCUAUUGCUGCUGAGCCGGUGAAUCAGAAAGCACCAUAUGGCGAUGUCCGUAGCGAUUCAAGUCGGCUUAGACUUCGCGGGAGACUCGCUGCGGCUACCCUCGUCAACCAUCCUACAGCAGACUCGAGAAAUGACCCGGAAGAUGUAUUUGAUAUAAGUAGUCCUCAGAGCUUACAGGGUGUCAUUGACUCAAGGAUCCGGCUCAUGAGUACCAGGAACAUCAGUUGUCAUCUUGAUUGCCUAGAUGAAGUAGACGUGAAGUCUGAAAAGACGGCCGGCGACUCUGAGGGGUACAUGGCCCUGGAGAUCAAGAGAGUGCGUGGGUACUCUGCGGAUUGGACUGUACUCGGUUUACUUCUGCAGCCGGCUGAGCGCAACCGGGGACGUUCGUUGGAUGGUGUAUCAGCUUACAGCAGAAUUGGCACAUUUGAGUUGGAGCUGGAGACUAGUUUUGAUGAUUUGGAUGAUGAUGAGAGUUUUCAGAGCGAGGAGCGUUGUUUCUUCGACUUUAUCACACCACAAGUAAUUGAGAUAUCUUGAUAGACACG